GCAAGAGCGUCUCCAUAACGUCACGAUAGAUUUCUCUUUGGCAAGACAAGAAAAUGUUGCGCCGCACAUCACAAUGCCUAUCACGGCGCCAGGCCCAGCUAUUACGUCCCCGCUAUCUCAGCACCACACUCUCCAAUCGAUUUGCAACGCCGACUUCUGGAUUCGCGCCGACAUGGGACAAGAUCAAAGAGAACUUGAAGGCGCCCAUCGACCAAUUCAUGCCUGCCGUUCGUCCUUCGUACACAGUUGAAUCACCCCAAUCCGAAGAGUCGCCUGACCUGCUGCGCUCAUUCACCGUCUUGACGUCGGAUCCCAAGGCUACUUCCUUACAAGAACUACUCGAUCGCAUACCCCAAUUCAACGCUGGAAACGAGUCUGGGCUCUUCACCGAUUUCCUCCUCCUCGUCACGCCCACUUACGCCGCCAGCCUGCGCAAGCAAAAGGAUGUCAUUGAGAAGGCUUUGACACGCAUUUUUCCUGUAAAAGACUUGGACCAGAAUCUACACAACAGACUUGGUGGGAGUUCAAGAGAAGCCGUCAGACUUGUCGCUGCUGUUGUCGACCGCCUGCCUAGGCCCUCCGACUUGUCUGCGUCUGCUGUCGGCGACAUCGGAUCUGAGGGUAUUGCGAUACGAGUCGUGGCCAACGAGAACCCAAUCUGGAAGCCCGAACUUGCUCACCAUGACCCUCGAGCCGCGCUGUCCGACAACAAAUUCCGCUUCUUGAGCUUCCAUCUCAAUGAUGACGCUACACCUGCAUCCAUGCGCCCGAUAGUUCAACUUCCGCUGGCAAACACUAUUUUUCAAAACGGUCUUUCUUCAACUCUGAUCUGGCGCAAGUACUCUGUACGGUCAGAUGGACUCGGCCUCAAGGAGAUUGACGAGCAGCUUUGCGACUCACAUCGUGUCAAGCUGCCGAGAGAGUCUGCCUCGAAUGAGACUAACAAUCUCACUUUAUCCGUACCUCUCGUUCCAUUGACAUCGGCCAGAUCUGUUGUCGCAUGUAUGGGCAACAUCAUUCGUCGCCUUUCUGCUGAUUCUGGCCUCGGUCCUCAGGAUCCCACCAAGGAAGCCAUCCUAGCCUCUCACGAACUCGAGCAAUCAGUCACUUCGUAUCACAAAACUCGUGGCCUCUCCCCACGAGCUGUCUCUGUCUGGGCUCUUGUAAUUCCAGAGAAGACUUUCACUGGAGGUUUAUCUAUGGCUGCAAAGGUGUUGGGAAAGAGAAAUCUACCAGAGCUAUGGAAGGUUGGUUCCAAUCACGACACUGACCCGUCUCAACCCAACUUGUUGACCUUGUUGCAACAUGGUGCUCGCCUUCACAAAGUUCUGUCUGGAGGUGGUGGUUGGGGCAAGAAGGCUGGCCUUUUGUCUCUGGACCCUGACACUGGCUAUGGUCAGCACUCCGCCUGGGAAGAAAUCACCCCAGCACAACUCACUGACGCAGAGAACAUCGGUGGUCUUCCUCCGGUACCAACAGAUCUCCAGCACGUUUGGAGUUUCGAGCCUCAAGAAUUACCGAGCAUCGUGAAUAAGGGAGACUAUAUUCAGUUUUACAUUUCACCCUCAGCAUCUCCCGAGGAGGCCAUUUUACAGUCUAAAGCCAGUACUGGAUCGUUUGAGCCGAUUUCAGAUGUCAAGACUGUCGAAUUUGGUGGCAUCCCAAGUACCGUUGACAACAUGCCAGCCAGUGAGGUAUCUGUCACGACGGUGCAAGGAAAGACAGACCUCGUUCAAAGCUAUCCAAACCACUUCGGAGCGCUAUCAGAAACUGGUUUAGCCAUGUUUUUUGGCCUCCAGUCGGAUAAAUCACCUUCGGCUAGAGUACAAAACGCGACUGAUGCGGCCACCAAAGUGGAUGUGCCUUUUGGUCGCUUGAGGUCGCGAUCGCAAAAGUCAAAAGAUUCGUCCAAAGCAAAACAAGCCGAAGCUGGCUUUGGGUUCUCACCUACGAAACCGUUACAAUCGAGCUUGUCUGGCUGUCGUCAAAAGCUGUAGGUAGCUUAUCAUAUAUCCAAUCAUAACAUAUCGACCAACCUGACCAAGUAUAGAUCAGCAUAGCGUGGCCAUGGAAAGGCGACGGCGAAGUUUUGGAUCAAGCAGUGCACUUUAUGAGAUUGAACAGACUGCACAGUCGAAGCCUGC